CCUGCAUUCAUGGAGAUCUUUAUUGUGUCCACCCUGGACUGCCUCCCGGAUGUUAAAUCCAAGGAUAGUGGUAACCAAAGACACAACUGUAACCACCGCGACCUGACAUCUCUGAAGACCCUGUAUGGUUGACUUUCUGAUGGACCGGAAUCUCGUGCAAGACUUUUCACCCUGCCUUUGAAUGAAUCAACUGCGAAAUUGAGAGAUUGGUUGCUGAUAAAGUUAAGGAACUCUCUUGUUUCCUACUACAGCAAAAGGGCAAUAUAAAAAGUGUGCUAUUAUGUGGCACACUUCCUAAUCCGGUAAUCUAACAGUGGCCAUCUUGAAUAGAAACAUGCACAAGGCAGAUGAAAAGCGGAUAGCAUGUGGACCAAAUUGUUGCCACAUGGAAGAUGUUGACACAGUUGUGACGUAAUUAUACACUGAUUGAUAGGCUGGGCUCUUUAUAGUACUUACUCGCAGUCUCUUGCAAGCUAUCGGGGAGUCUGACACUAGCUAGAUAGCAUGCGAGAGAGUUUUAUGUUACAACUGUGAAAACAUAUUCCAUGUGGUCAAGGGAGAAAGUAUAAUUCUUACCAAGUGAUGGCUUUGAUUUGACAUCUUCCUCAAGAGUAGUAGAGCUAGACAAUUUCUCUGCUGGAAUAAGUGGAUAUUAAAAAUUCAAAGCAAUGACACAAAAAUAUACGCACCAGCACUGAGAUCGGGCUUGGAAGUAGUAAAAGCUGAUUCUAUUUCCUCUGCUAGGUCAGGCACAUCUACUUCAGGACUCCUCAGAGCUUCUCCGAGAGCCUUCCAAGUGGGCCUGGACCCUGAAGCGCUCGUGGACUUGAUCAGAACUUGAAACAGGCAUCGUGCGGCGUGGAGAAGGUGCGGUGGAUGUGCUCCACCACUGGUUGGGAAAGUCCCAGUUUGAGACCGAGUUCACGGGAGCUGAUCCGUGCUGGCAGAAGCUCCCUCACUAGGUCAGCGGCGUCGUCUGGAGUAAGUUUCUGUUCUGCUGCUGGGAAAUAUGUACAAGGUAACCAGUAAGAUACGCAUAGCAAUGCUAGUUCUAACCGACUGCCAUUCUUUAUCUGUCUCACGGGUCGGAGGGACGGGAGAGGGAGAGUGCUAGCUACAGUUUUAGAUAAACAAGACACACCCUAAAACUUAGGGGGUGGGGCUUGCACCAUCACGUGACCGUUGUUUCCUUGGAAACGGUGCACGCCGCUCGCGUGUUGGUGUAACAGUGCGCAGGCUGAAUGUGGAGAAGAGGAUUCACUGCGGUUAGGGCGGACAGACAUCGCUGCUAAGGAAUGUACGGUCGAGGAGUGAGGCUGUUGACUCAGCCAGCCCUCAGCACGGCUCCCGGAGUGGGUCCCGGGACAUACCGGGUGGACGAUGGGACGAAGCAUGCUGGAGAGAGCUAUGCUCCCUUCUGCUCUAUGGCUGUGAGGAAGUCGUUCCUGACGGUGGACCAGCAGUUGGCCACCGCCCCUGGCCCCUCCCACUACACUCCAGAUCUGGAGGACCACGUGAAGGGAGGUGACUCUCUCAAGAGCAAGGCUGAGAGGUUCCGGGACAGGUUGUCGAGGACCCCAGGUCCAGGGACCUACUCCGUCUCCAAGAGAUCUGACUGGCUGAGGAAGACAUACCCUCCACCCUCACCUGGUGACCAGUUGUUCCAGAGUACUGGGAUGAUCAAGUCAGGGAGACUGCUGUUCACACGUAAGCAGACGGCUCCCUCCAUCCCCACUCCCGGCCAGAGCUACGGAUACGACGAGACCGGUGACGGGGAUUUAACCCCUCAGCCACUGCCUCCCCAGGACUCUACUAUGGGACCAGCCUACUACAAUGUCUCCCAUGAUGACACAGUCACUACCAAGAAGUACAGAGGAGUUCACUUUGGGAAUCAGAAUUCUCUCAGAACUCAGUUCAAAGGGAGGGAAGGUCCAGGACCAGGAGAUUACCACCAGCCAACUGAAGACAGUGCUGACGUCUCCCCUCCUUCUCAUCCUCCUCCACAAACUAAAGCAACUUCCUCAAAGAGCUUGCCUCGAUAUCACAUGAUCAUCACAAGACAAGAAGAGAAAAAAGCUGUGCCAGGACCUGGAAGGUACGAUAUAAGGUCUCAAUUCAGGACGGACCCAUCGGCGGAUGGGACGGGACAAAAUGAGGAUGAGAGGGAAGAAGAGACAGAGGACGCACCUUUUGGCUCGCGAGAAAAGAGGUUCAUAGACCCCAAGCACCACUCCCCGUCCUGCACCACCUACCAGGAGCCUCGCUCUGCGUUCUCUCGGGGAAGACUGGGACACGGGAAGGCUCCGUUUGGACAGACCUCACUUCGCUUCAGGAGAAACAGAAGAGACAGGGAAAUACCUGGUCCAGGGAUGUACAACAACAAUCACAUGACAUCGCUAGUUGUUGACCUCUCCCGGAGAUCUCAGUUUCAUGGGACAUACAAGUGCCCGUUUGGUAGCACGUCAGUGAGGACUGCCCCUCUAAUUAAGAAGGACGUCAUCCUUGGCCCUGGCCCCGCCCACUACCAGCCGUCUGAGUCGCAGAGUGUCGAGCCGGGAGACGGUGGGCGGAGUCAGCAGCCGCGGGAGACUAAACCCAGCUACACCUUUGCCUCCACAACCAGUCGCCUCUACUCUCCUCCCUCCAUUGUCACUGACAUUCCUCCUCCUGGUUCCUAUGAGGUCUCAGAAUCCUACUCAAGAUCUCAAGGAGCAGUACUCUUUCAACAUUGACUGGCUGUAAUCUCUCUGUAUACAUACAGAUCGAGCUCCAUCCAGGGUAACUAAGAGGUCAAUGAGAGGGGCGUUCCUGUCAUCAUCAUCUCGUUCCGCACCUCCGCGAGACAUCAUGCUGGAGGAGCCUGACGUCAUGAACCCAGGUCCUGGUCAGUACGACUACCAGAAUCCCCUGGGAAGAGGCAAGCCUGGCCUCCUGUGUCAGAGAGAUCUCAGAUUUAAACCCAUCGGCAACAAAGUGCCUGGUCCUGGAGCUUACACUCUGAGUAAGGGAUACAAGGACACGGUUCUCCAGGGGACGUACAACGCCACCCUCGACAACCCCCUCACCUCCUCCUCUUCCUCUGACCAACACGGUCCUGAGAGGACGACCAAGAAACAGACUCUAGUUGUUGAGACCUAGCAUGCAACAUUACCACCUUCAUGCCAUUAUUAUUAUAAUUAUUAUAUCAGCACUGUAUCUCACGGGAGUUUAGAGCGACAGGAUCACGUGACACUCGCUCCCGAGUGGGGGCCGUUUUGCAUUCUGGAGUGAAAAUUCGAAACCAUACUACAUUUUCCAUAUAUAUCACAAACAUUUGCAACAUGGAAUUUAUAGCACAGGUGGUACUUUUGAUACACCCACGCAUAGUAUAUACUAUAGAAAAUGUCAACAAAACAGAAAAAGUCUUUAGGAAAUGAGGUUGAUGUAGGUGGGGUCACUGUCCAGAAGACUGAACAAUAUCUCCAU